GAAGGCUCUGUGCCAGGCGCACGAGAUGACGCACACAGAGGAGGGGAAUCAAAAGUACCCCUGUGACGUGUGUCAGAAAAAGUUUGUCUGCAAAACCUACCUCAAAGUCCACAUGCGCAUCCACACGAAUGAUCGCCCAUUCAGCUGUGAGGUCUGUGGCAAGAAAUUCCGCACGAAGAUUGAUCUUAAAUCCCACUUUGAGGUACACAUCAGGGAGAAGAAGCACGUCUGUGAGAUUUGUGGGAAGAAUUUCUCCCGGAAAGACUCCCUGAAUGUGCACAGAAGGCGGCAUUUGGGCACGAGGCCAUACAAAUGCCACUACUGCGACGACAGAUUCACCCAAUCAUCCGUCCGGAAUGCCCAUAUGAAGCUCCACACGGGCGAAAGGGCUUUCGCGUGCCCAGACGCAAGUUGCUCCAAGAGAUUCGUGUCACGCAGCACAAUGAUGACGCACCUCAAGAGAUGCAGCACGCAUCAAAUUCCCAGUUAACCGUUCCAAUUCGCCGGACAAUGAUGACACAACGCAGCAGUGAGAGAGAUAAGGGAGCCGAUCGUGAGGACUUUUUCCGAGUCCACUUAGCGGUUUCCCCUUCAGUUCGACAUUCGAUCGCCACAGAGGCUAGUCGCUUGUAGCACCACUGUGAGUGUCUCUCUAAUCAAAAAAACAACACACAGCUAACGACUGAUAACCCGGCAAUUAUUUGCAGCGAUAUUUAACAUCAAAAGGCACUCUCUCGAAGCGAUUUAGUUUCGUGAAAAAGUUAAUUUUCUUGUUCUAAUUGUUCUGUGCUUUUGUUUGAGUCUGUUUUGGGGGAAUGAAAAUGAUGAAAAUCGGCUUUAUUGGUGGUGGAAAGAUGGCUCAGGCCAUGGCGAAAGGAUUCAUUGCAGCAGGCCUCUCCAAGGCGGAUAACAUGAUCGCUAGUUGUCAUCCAUCCGAUCACUUAUCAGCUGAAGCAUUCGAAUCUCUUGGGGCGCAGUGCAUCUCGAAGAAUGUUCCUGUUGUGGAGAAAUCGGAUAUUGUUUUCGUGUCUGUGAAACCAUCCGUUGUCCCAAUAGCUCUGUCAGAUGUAAAGGAUGUGAGCAAUGGCAAAUUGUUCCUCUCAAUUGCAAUGGGAGUUACAAUUGCUCAGCUUGAGAAAAGACUUUCCGCAGAGGCACGUGUGGUGCGUGUUAUGCCAAAUACACCGGCAAUCAUCCGAAAGGGUUGCUCAGUGUUUGUUCGUGGCACCAAAGCCACGGAUAAAGAUGUCAGCAUCACGCAGACACUCCUCCGUGCUGUUGGAUCGUGCGAGGAGGUCCCGGAGACGCUAAUGGAUCCCGUAACGGCUGUGAGUGGAAGUGGCCCAGCGUAUGUUUAUCUCAUGAUUGAAGCUCUGGCCGAUGGGGGUGUGAAGAUGGGCCUACCGCGGGAUCUGGCGUACCGUUUAGCAUCCCAAACGGUCCUCGGUGCGGGUGGAAUGGUGCGUGAAACCGAAACACAUCCGGCAAAGUUGAAGGACGACGUCACGAGUCCUGCUGGUUCAACGGCUGCCGGAUUGCAUCACUUGGAACAGAGUGGCUUCCGGGCGAGUGUUAUUGGCGCUGUUGAAGCAGCAACCCGUAGAUGUGUAGAGAUUGCAACGAAAAGUGAUUAGUUGUGCAAUUUGCUCGCGUUUGAAGGAGGAAAAAAAGAAAACAACAAACUUUAGCAAUAUUUCUUAUCUGUUUAUAUUUUUGUAAGUUUUAGCUGAUUUUUUUAUACAAAAAGAUAAUAUAUAAUUCUAAUUUCA